GGAAAAACGGAGUUCUUCCCCUCUCCUUUUUUUCGUUCGGUUUUAAUUUCCUAGUUCAUGUAGGAAAGUGAAAAUCCUAAUGCUCUAUAAAAUAAACCAAUUAGCCCUUCGAAGAAAUUAAAACACAAACCAUCAUGUCUUCUGAAAAGCUCUUAACUUUAAAGACGAGCGACGGUGAAGAGUUUGUUUUAGAAGAGGCAAUGGCUUUUAGGUCACUAACCAUCAAGAAUGCAGCUCCAACCAACACCAACAAUAAUACUCCUCUGUCAAUUAAUGUCCAAAGCAAUACAAUGAUCAAAGUGAUUGAAUACUGGACGAAACACUCAGAGAGAGAUAUAUCAGAGGACCAGUUGAUGACUUUUGACAAGAAUUUCUUCAAGUUAAUGGAUAAAUCAAAAUUGUUUGAUCUCGUCUUAGCUGCUAAUUAUCUUGCCGCUAAGGAGUUAUUGGAUGCUGCAUGCGAACAAGUUGCUGAUAGAAUCAGAAGGAAAACACCAGAAGAAAUACGUGAUUUUUUCAACAUCAAUAGAGAGGAUGAGGAGCAAAUCUUUAAAGAGUUAAAUAAUUAAUUGCGUGCUAGUUUGGGCGGUUGAAUGAUUUUCUAGCAAUGUUUCGAUUUAUUUUUUUUUGGUUGAAAUUGUCUAGCUAUACCUUGGUGUUCUGUUCUUGUUUUUGGUUUGACUUCUUUCUUCGUGGAGUAUGUUUUAUCUUUUCAGAAUUUGUUGGUUUUGAUUGAUCUAUAAAUUAUUUUUUAAUG